CAUGCUAAUGUGCAAAGCAAACUCUCAAGUCAACUUUGCCUUGUGCGGCAGCAUGGAGACGAACGCGAGCAGCCAGUAGACAGAAUCAGCACCAAAGUUGAAUUUGUCGAGAGUUACGCAGCCGGUAAAUGUCCGCGAACGUUUGCUCUCCCGACAAGUGCUAGAAGUUCUCGGUGGAGUAACGCUGGGUGUCGAAUACCUUUGAACGAGCGCUUGAGGACCAUGAACCUGUCUUUUGACGACCCGUCGCUGGACACCCUGGCCUCCAGCUUGUCUUUUCACGACCCGAGUGAUAUUGACACGGCUCUGCUCAAUGACAUCGACGAUAUGCUCCAGCUUAUCAACCACCAGGACAUGGAGUUUGGAGGGCUGUUCGAUCACGCUCCAUUUCCUGCUCCCUCGCAGGACCUCUCAGUCCUGCCCCGCUCCAGCCCUUCCUCUCCUCAACCCGCCUCUUCUACGCCCACCAACACCUCCUCCAUCCUCAGCAGCAGCCCACACCUGGAUGCCCUGCUGGGCCCCCCCAUCACCCGCAGCUCCUCCAUCCCGGACAAGGUGUUUCAUCCUCCCACUUUCCAGCAGUCUCCUCUGGCACAGGUGACCUCCACCCCCGCAAACCCCGCCACACUGCAGACCACGCAGCCCAAAGCUCAGCCUGCUCCAUCUCCCAGCCUCCACCCUUCCACCCCGCCGGCCCCGAGCCAAGCUGCCCCGGCCGGGAAGAGCCCUGUGUUCGGCGCGACCCAGCAGGCCCUCUUCAGCUCACCAACACCCCAACCACAGCAGCAGCAGCCCGUGGUCACUUACACCAACCAGAACAGCUAUACAGGUGCAGACGGUGAAGUCACUGUUGUCAGUCCUGGAAACCCAGUGACCUUUUACCAUACAUUGUGCUCGUGUUUCCCAAAUGCCCCCGUUUUUUUAUUUUGUGGAUCUGUACAUCUCUUGUCUCAGGCACUGAUGAGUGGAGGCACCAUCCUGACCACCGUCCCACUGAUGGUGGACACAGAGAAACUGCCCAUCAGUCGCAUCACCAUCAGCGGGAAACUAGGCGGCCUGCCGCAUAAGGGCGAGAAACGCACGGCCCAUAACGCCAUUGAAAAACGCUACCGCUCCUCCAUUAACGACAAGAUCAUUGAGCUCAAAGACCUGGUGGCUGGGACAGAGGCUAAGCUCAAUAAGUCGUCCGUGUUGAAGAAAGCCAUUGACUACAUUCGCUACCUUCAGCAGUCCAACCAAAAACUAAAGCAGGAGAACAUGACACUCAAAAUGUCCAUUCAGAAGAACAAGUCUCUGAAGGACCUUGUGAUCAUGGAGGUGGACAUGAAGCCAGAAAUCCCCACCCCUCCAGCAUCAGACGUCGGCUCGCCUCAAUCCAGCGGCCCUUUCUCCCACCACGGCAGCGACUCGGAGCCGGACAGCUCGAUGGAAGAAGACAACAAGCCUGUGGUUGAGAGGGCUGGAGGAAUGCUGGACCGCUCUCGCAUGGCUCUGUGUGCCUUCACCAUGCUCUUCUUGUCCUUUAACCCGCUGGCGUCCCUGCUGUGUGGCAGCUGGAGCAGCUCUGGGACGACUGUGUCUGGACACACAGGAAGGAGUCCACUGGCAGUGCCAGAAGCAGCUGAGUCUUGGGGCUGGAUGGAUUGGAUGUUGCCCACUCUUCUGGUGUGGCUGUUGAACGGUGUUCUAGUCGCUGGAGUUUUGAUCCGCCUGCUCGUGUAUGGAGAACCUGUGACCAGACCCCACUCAGAAUCAUCUGUCCUCUUCUGGAGACACCGCAAGCAGGCCGAUCUGGAUCUAGCCAGGGGAGACUUUGCUCAGGCCUCUCAGAACCUCUGGACGUGCCUCAAAGCUCUUGGUCGUCCACUGCCCACGUCUCAGCUGGACCUGACCUGUGCGGUGCUGUGGUCCGCCAUGCGUCUGUGUCUGCAGAGGCUGUGGGUGGGCCGCUGGCUAGCCAUCCGUGCCGGAGUCCUCCGUUCCAACCGCCCCCUACAGGAAGAUGCCCGCAAGAGCUGCCGCGAUGCAGCCUUGGUCUACCACCGUCUACACCAACUCCACAUGACCGGCAAGCUCGGAGGAAGUCACCUCUCUGCGAUCCACAUGGUGCUGAGCGCUCUCAACCUGGCCGAGUGUGCAGGAGACUGUCUCCCCAUUGCCACGCUGGCUGAAAUCUGUGUGUCUGCAGCCCUCCGGGUUAAAACCAGCCUGCCCCGCCUGCUUCACUUUACUACGUUUCUGUCUUUGUGUGUGUGUUUUGACAGUGAAUACGCAGACUCUCUGGAAUACCUGCAGUUACUCACCAGCGCCUCAGACGCAGCAGGAGCCACAACACAGUCCUUCGCCAUCGGAUCAAACAUGGCCACCGUUACAGGAUGUGACCCUCACUCGAAAUGGUGGUCGUCGGUUGCCGUGGUGAUCAUUAAUUGGCUCCAGGGAGAUGAUGUGGCGGCAGAGAGGUUGUACCCAGCAGUGGAGCACUUGCCACACAGCCUUCAGACCGCUGAGAGUCCACUGCCCAAAGCCUGUCUUAACACUUUUAAAGCGGUGCGUGCUCUGCUGGCCAAACCAGAGAACUACCAGCUCAGCCUCAGCUACUGUGAGAGAGCCAGCGGCCUGUUCAGAGACAGCCUCAAUCUCGGCCCACACUGCAGCACCAACACAUUAGACAAGCUGGUGCAGUUGCUGCUGUGUGAUCUGUUGUUGGUGACGCGUACUAAUGUGUGGCGGGAGCAGCAGGUGGCGUCUCAGCAGAGCUCCUCGACGGCCGCCUCUCCUGCAGAGCUGCAGGGCUUCCAGCAGGACCUCAGCUCGCUCCGCAAGCUCGCCCAGAGCUUCAGACCGGCCAUGCGCAGGUUGUUCCUGCAUGAAGCCACAGCUCGGCUGAUGGCGGGAGCCAGUCCCACACGCACACACCAGCUCUUGGACCGCAGUCUGCGCCGCCGCGCCACGCCUGGAAGCAGAACAGAGGAGUGUGAGGUGCAUCCAGGCCAGCGGGAGCAGGCGGAGGCCGUGAUGCUGGCGUGCCGCUAUCUGCCUCCUUCCUUCCUGUCAGCUCCGGGCCAGAGGGUGGGCAUGCUGGUGGACGCCGCCCGGACGCUGGAGAAGCUAGGAGACAAACGCACCCUCCACGACUGCCAGCAGAUGAUCAUCAAACUAGGCAGCGGAACGACCGUCACCUCCACCUAGCCACCUACACACACACACUUAAGAGCACUUUUACAAACACACCCCAAGAUCUCUCAGAAUCAACACGCUCUUCAUUUCAGGCCUCGGUGUCAUCCAAGAACGCCAAGACUCUCCCCAACAAUUCAUAACUGCAUAUUCAAAACCAGCGACGAGAUGCAGAGGCAGUGACGGGACCCUCCUCCAAACGCAGAGUUUUCUCGACCUUUUUGAUAUGAAAUUGAAUAUUUAACUUAUUUAUCUGCCCUAAAAGAAAUCGAAGAGAUUGCGUGGAAUGGCUUUGUGAAGCGAUGCACUGUCAGUGCUGACUCGGGCCAGUAGAUGGUGAUUUGGUGAACUGGACGCUGCUCCGUGGUUGAGUUGGAAACGUAUUGUAGAGCUUUGCUUUACUUAUUAGCACCUUUGAGAGAUGUCGACCUCCAGCUGAAUGAAGUAGUUCCUGCUUACAGCACGUUAUCAUCCGGUAUGAAUUCUGCAUAUCGAUUUGAGAAAUUUAAGGCUUUAUAAAACUUCUUUUUCUUUGUAUGUAUGUUUUAAAUAAGUGUAUUUAUGAUUUGUCUGAUGGCACAUUUUGUCACGCUGCUGCAAUUGAACCAUUUGAAGUCAGCAGAACAAAAAAAACUGGAUUUGUGUCCAUUUGCGCUAUUUAGUGAGUGGAUACCACUGAAUCCACCGUUUCUUUUGUGUUUCCAAACCAGUCUUCCAUUGGAGUCAGCGAAUCCAAAUAAUUUCAUCUGCAUCGAGUCUUUAUCAUCUCGGACAUCUUUAUCCAAAGAUCAGAUUUGAGAGCGAUGUGAGGAUCUGCCUGCAGCUCUUGCAUAUUUAUAUUUCAUCUCUUGUCACCGUUAUGCACGAACUCUGAUUACUAGACAUGUUUUCUGUUCGCGGUAACAGAGAUUUGCAAAUGACAUUCAUUACUUGUACGCUAACUUCUCUGUAGUGCUUGCGAUCGAGUCUCAAAGACGGAAUGUGUUUAAACUCGCAGGCGCACACUUAGCAUAUCUUCUGUUUGAUUUAUUCUUAAGAAUGUAAAUAAAAGUCUUUUGUAAUGAAA